AUGCUACCCACUAACUCUUCAACCUCUUCACUCGUCCGACAAGCAUCCACCAUCAGCUUGAGUGAGCAGAACCAGAGCGGCUCCGAAUCGUACUUUGAUUCUCAAUCCAAUGAUCCGCGAAGGGUCCUAGCUGAAGUGGCCGACUGGCUGCACAAGGAGAAGUCCAGAGCCCGCAGGCACAAGGCGCUGCAUCAUCAUUCGAAGGACUUCGGUCAUACCGAGGCGCCCAGCACAGAAAGAUCACAGCAUGAUCACGAACCGGCGAUGGAUCUGGAGAAGCUCGAACGGAUCAUGUCCGGUUACAUGAAGUCGACGACUCCCAAAGGCAGUUCCCGCUCACCAAUGGUCGCGCCAAGGUCGCCAGGUCUUGCUCCUCCAUCACGGAAAAAUUCGAUAGCUAGCAAGUUCAAACGAAACUCUGUGGUCAACCUGUCUUCCGAUACCGAAUUCUUUGGCGACGAAGUCCUGGUACCUGGCGUAGAGGCUUACCUCGACAAUUCAAGAACGCUUGCGUACAGUGGUGGGGAAGAGCAGGCGGAAACCACGUCGGUCAGAGGCAAAGAAACCGAGGAAUGCUGGGUCACUUUCAAAGAAGAUAUCUUGCGACUCACUCACACUCUCAAGCUGAAAGGCUGGCGACGCGUUCCCAUGGAGAACGCAGCCGGUAUUGAGGUUGCGCGCCUGUCAGGAGCGCUCACAAAUGCUGUCUACGUCGUCAAGCCUCCAAAGCCCGCCGAAAUCGAUGGCGAGGGCGGCAUCGCCAAAGGACCAAAGCCAAAAUUCCUACUUCUGCGCAUAUACGGUCCACAGAGCGAUCACCUUAUAGAUCGUGCAGUCGAAUUGUCCAUCCUUCGCCGCCUUGCUCAGAAGAAGAUUGGCCCGCGCUUGCUAGGGACAUUCUCGAACGGCCGCUUUGAGGAAUAUCUGCAUUCUGUCACGUUGGAAGCCGAAGAUUUGCGAGUUCCAGAGACAUCAAAGCAGAUUGCGAAACGAAUGCGGGAACUUCACGACGGUAUAGAGCUCCUGAAUUCAGAGAUCGAUGCAGGCCCGUCUAUUUUCAUCCUUUUCGACAAAUACCUGGACCGCUGCGAGAAGGUCAUUGCAUACCUCGAUCGCCAAGUCAACCUCUCCCUCCAACCUUCGAAACCUGACCAGGAACCGCCGCAAGCCAAAUACACACGAUAUGGUCUGGUUUGCGGUACUGAAUGGCCCGUGUUCCGGCGUACGUACGAUAAGUAUCGCGCCCGUCUUGUCAAAGAAGUAGGCGGCAACUCUGGACUUCGCAAGAAACUCGUCUUUGCUCACAAUGACACACAAUAUGGCAACCUUAUGCGUCUGAAGCCCAGCGGCGAGUCCCCCCUGCUACAGCCAUCGAACCACCACAAGCAACUCGUCGUCAUUGACUUCGAGUACGCCGGCCAGAAUACCGCCGGAUUAGAAUUCGCCAACCACUUCUCAGAGUGGUGCUACAACUAUCACCAUCCUGAAGUUCCGUGGGCAUGCCAUACACAAGCAUACCCUACAGAAGAAGAGCAACGACGCUUCAUUCGCAGUUACAUCAUGCAUCGCCCGCAGUUUAAUUCCAAUGCCUCAUCUACGCCAAACGUCCUACAAGGAAGAGAAAGAACUAACAUUCCCGACUUCAUGCUUGACGCUCGUGCGCCUCCUGGCAGCGAGUCUCCUGCUCAAGGGAAUGACUAUGACGCUGAAGAGAGUGCUCGGGAGAAGAAGCUGGAAGAUGACAUCAAACAGCUACUAUACGAGACACGACUGUGGAGGAUGGCAAACUCGGCCCACUGGGUCGCCUGGGGAAUUGUGCAAGCCAAGGUACCAGAGCUAGACAAGGCGAGCAGAAAACAUCGCGCUGGCACCAAAGCAAAAGAAGUGCUGGGACGGGUUGUUGAGGGUGUAAAGAGUGGAUUAAGUGGACGCCGAGGCAGCCGCAGUGCGGCGCAUCCUGGCGGACAGCGCAAAGUCAUUGCUGAUCCAAACGCUGAGGACAAAGCUGCUGCCGAAGGUACCGUCGAAGUGCCAUCUGAAGCUCUCACAGAGAGCAACGGCAGCGCGACAGCCCCCUCUGAUCCAUGGACAGCCAGCAAGAACAUUUACGGCGACAAGACUCCAGCAGCCAUCUCCGACGGCGAAGUUGUUACUGACAGCGAAGCCGAGCCUGACGUCAACGCCAAAGCCGCCGAAGCAGGGACAAUGGGGGAGGAAGAAGAAGAGUUCGACUACCUAGCGUACGCACAGGACCGUGCGAUGUUCUUCUGGGGCGAUGCGCUGCAGAUGGGACUCGUCACUGAGGAGGAAUUACCAGAGGCGAUGAGGCAGAAGGUGAAGAGAGUGCCGUAUUGA